GGAAACUCUGCAACGAAAACUCUUUAACUUUUUAUGAACGACCUUAUUGAGAAUGAACAGCGUGAGAAGAUUGUCACGAGGAGCCAUUUCUGGAGCUGGCUAGUUGCGUGUCAUCGCUCGACUUUUGAUCUGGUAUGCAAAUACACCUGAGGGCACAGUUACCUGCACCCUCAACCCUACUUCUGCUUCCCUCUCGCUGAGUUGUAAUGGCGAUUCGCACAGGAAACGGACAGUAAUGAUGAAUUGAGCCCAGCCGCCCUUUCGUUAGGACCAUGAGUUUCCUGGGCAAGCUGAAGGGCAUGCACAGUGGCCCCCCUGCCCCCCCUAAAAGGAUAGAUAACCAUGGUUACGGCUGGCCUGAGGAUGAGUUUGAGGAGGAUGGCUACACCUAUGAGGCUCCACCCUGUGAGCGCCCAGCGGUGAAGGUUCCGGCCCGAACGGUGGAGGAGAACGUUUACCUGGAGAGGUCUUCGGGUCCUGAUCCCAGCAGACAUGCCCCCCCCCCCCGGCCGGCAAAGAAUAUCCCCACCACCAAAGCUAUGGUAAAUUCCCCGAGAGUCUCACAACCACCUCCUGUUCCUCAGAAGCUGGUAGAACAGCAUAACUUGGAUGAAACCUACAUCGACCCCAACAUCAAAAUGCCCCCUCAGAUCAACCGGGAAGAGAAACCAGGGAAGAAGGCAGCGCCCAGGAAGGCCCCGCCCUCCAGACCUGGCCCCGCCCCUGCCCCCACCCCCAUUCCCAACCUAGAAGAUGAUGUUUAUUUGGACCCAAACGAAGGACAGACAGAGGGCAGUGAUGAGCUCUAUCUGGAGCCUAAUGCAGCUUGCCCGCCCCCUCCUGGUGCUGGCGUGAGGCUACCCCCGCCUCCCAAGAUCAUCACGCGUGUAGCCCCGCCUCCUAGGGCCGGGCCCCGUAACGCCCCGCCCGCUAGGCCUCUUGAAGCUCCGCCCCCGAGGUGGCAUCGUGAAGCUCCGCCUCCAGUGGUAAAGCCCCCAAUCCCCAGAGCGCUGUCUAGCACACACUUGCCAGGUGAUGGCAAAAGUGUUCCACCACCUGAAGCCAAACGACCACUCUUCCCAAUCAAGCCCCCCCCACCAGGCAUGAAACCCCACCUCCCACCCCCCAGCCUGCCUCUCCCCUCUCAGUCAGAUGCUGCUGUUGGAGGUCUGAAAAAGUCUCCACUAUCAGGAACAGAGGAGUCACGGUUGCAGGAGAAGGAGUGGUUUGCUGGGAACUGUGACCGUAAAACAGCUGAAGCGGUCCUGUCCAAGGUCAACAAGGACGGGUCCUUCCUGGUGCGGUACAGCUCGGCCCAGAACACACAGCAGCCCUACACCCUGGUGGUGCUGUACAGACAGAAGGUCUACAACAUCCCCAUACGCUACCUGGAGCUGGAGCACACACAAGGAUACGCCCUGGGCAAGGAGGGCAAGAGGAACGAGGAGGUCUUCAGCAGUCUCCAGGAGAUCAUUUCCCACCACAUGAAUAAGACGAUCUUGCUCAUCGACAGCAAGAGUCAGGCCAAGCACAGCACGCACCUCACACACCCUGUUCACCCCUGAACCACCCCCCACAACCUGUAGACACCUGAACCACCCCAAACACACCCUGUUCACCCCUGAACCACCCCCACACACCCCUCACACACCCUGUACACCCCUGAACC